AUGUCCUCGCUGCAAGGCUACAUGGAGCAGCAAGUCCUGCUCGUGACGCAGGACGGGCGUGUGCUCGUGGGCAAUCUGCGGGGGUACGACGCGCUGGGCUCGCUCGUGCUCUCGGAGUGUGUCGAGCGCAUCUUUAGCCGCGACGCAGGCGUCGAAGAAGUGCCGCUGGGCGUGUAUAUCCUGCGUGGCGACAGCAUAUCCCUUGUCGGCGACUUGGAUCUCGAGCGCGACCGCAAAACGGACUGGGCGUCGCUGACGGCCGAACCGAUCCCCGUGACCAAACACACCUAA